UCUGUGUGGACGAUGCAGAAAAGAUGCCUCCAAGGGAAGCUUUGCCAGCUGUGCAGGAGGCUCUGAAGAAUGCUUUCCAUGUGGUAGAGCACCAGCAUGGCCUCUGGAAGAGUACUCUGAGUGACUGCUCACCUCUCCUGGCUUCCCUCAGCAACCUGGCAGAACAGCUACAGGCCAGUCAGAAUGUGCGGUUGGAGGAGACCCCGCUUCGGGCUUUCCCUGACCUGAAAGAUCGCCUGAGAAGAAAACUGCUAGCUGCUGGUGAUACCAUCUUGGACCAAUUGGGGGAGAAGAUAACCAGCCUCCUCCAGGUGCGAGACACAGUCAGCAGCCACGUGGAACAAGUGUUUCAGUUGUAUGAGCAGAAAGCAGAUGAACUAGGCCUUGAUGCAGUCUUACAGCCUUCGGCUGCGAGCCCCUCAUUGGCUGAUAUGUUGGCAUGGUUACAGGACAUUGACAGACAUUAUCGAAAUGCCUACCUGGCCAGGAAGCACCUCAUGGCCCAGAUCCGGUGGGGAAAUUUGCCCGGCGUCCAGGCUCUGCCGCAAGCCUGGGAUGGGAUAUCAGAGAAGGACGAGGACCCGGUCCCAGAUAUCCUGCUGAAUGUAUCUUUUUUCCUGAAGACUUAAGGAGGCUGUUUUUAUUCUCAACAAAGAUGCCAGCUAAAGUCCAUCUUUAUUUCUCCUGCCGCUUUAGAACAAGUGUGGACAUGCUCUGGUGUUUGGAAUUCAAAUGUCUAGAAAACGGUUAUCUCGUAGAAUAUUGGGGCUCCAUGUUUCUGAGACCAAGGAAUGUUUAUUCUAUGUUGUGUUUAUAUACAGACCAUUACCCGAGGCCCAGGAAGGAAAAUCAGGCUGAUAGUGACAGACAUAGUCGUCAGAGCAGUGCUGAGGAUGUUGGAGGGGCUGGAAUAACCCAUGAAGAGAGGCAAAGAGGGACGGCCAGUGCUAUGCCAUGUCUUUGUCAGCCUAAGCAUUUACCCCCUCAGCUGUGCCAUGGGGGUAAACAUGAAGAAAAUUCAUGUUUAAAAUUCUACAAUUUUUUUUUAAGCCUUACUUUCUGUCCUAGUAACAACCAUAGGACAGAAAGGCAAAAGCUAGGCAAAU